CCCACCCACCGAGGGUGCCUUCCUCCGCUUCUUAGGGCUUCGGGAGCCCUUAGGGACGAAGCGGCAGGGGCGCCUCUCUUUAGAGAGGAGGCGACCUCGUAGCCCCGGAUGCGGCCAGAGGGCGCGGGAAUGGAGCUCGGCGGCUGCGAGGAGCGCCUGCCGGAGGAGAGCCGGAGGGAGCACUGGCAAUUGCUGGGUAAUUUGAAGACUACUGUGGAGGGUUUGGUGUCAGCCAACAGUCCCAAUGUCUGGUCCAAGUAUGGUGGCCUGGAACGGCUUUGCAGGGACAUGCAAAGCAUCCUUUAUCAUGGGCUCAUCCAUGACCAGGUUUGUUGCCGCCAGACUGAUUACUGGCAGUUUGUGAAGGACAUCCGCUGGCUCAGUCCCCACUCAGCCCUUCAUGUGGAGAAGUUCAUCAGCCUGCAUGAGAACAGCGAGAGCGGUGCGGAUGGUGAGAGCGGGGACAGUGACAGCGGGCGCGCCGUGGCUGAGCUGUGGCUGCAGCACAGUUUGCAGCGGCACUGUCUCUCUGCCCAGCUCCGGCCUUUGCUGGGGGACAGGCAGUACAUCAGAAAAUUCUACACUGACACUGCUUUCCUGCUAAGCAAUGCCCACGUCACGGCCAUGCUCCAAUGCCUGGAAGCCGUGGAACAGAACAACCCCCGCCUCCUGGCUCAGCUUGAUGCAUCUAUGUUUGCCCGGAAGCAUGAGAGCCCGCUGCUGGUAACCAAGAGCCAGAGCCUGACAGCUCUGCCUGGAUCCACGUGCACGACUUCAACCAGCUACGCUCAGCAUCCCUACUUUGGGUCCUUCUCUAGCCUCCACCAGUCCGCACCCAACCACGGCUCAGAAAGAAGAUCCACUUCCUUUUCACUCUCUGGCCCUCCCCGGAAACCUCAAGAAAGCAAAGAGCAUGUCUCACCAGCGCAGGAUCAGACCUUCCAAGCCCCCCUGCUUGCAGUCUCCUCAUUAGCUGGGGAUCCCCCCUCAACCCCAAAUGAGAUGAGCUCUAGCACUCUGACCAGCCCCCUAGAAGCAUCCCAGGUCAGCAGCCAGAAUGAUUCUCCAAGCGAUGCCAGCGAGGGGCCUGAGUACUUGGCCAUUGGCAACCUGGAUCCCCGAGGCCGGACUGCCAGCUGUCAGAGUCACAGCAGCAAUGCUGAGAGCAGCAGCUCCAACUUGUUCUCCUCCAGCAGCUCGCAGAAGCCGGACUCUGCUGCCUCUUCCCUAGGCGAGCAGGAGGGAGGUGGGCAGAGCCAGCUGUCCAGCGUCCUUCGCAGGUCCAGCUUCUCCGAGGGGCAGACACUCACUGCCACCAGCGGAACAAAGAAGAGCCACACUCGCUCCCAUUCGGACACCAACAUUGCCUCCAGAGGAGCCCCAGGAGGCCCCAGGAAUAUCACCAUUAUAGUUGAAGAUCCCAUUGCAGAAUCCUGCAAUGAUAAGUCGAAGUUGAGAGGCCCCUUGCCCUACUCUGGCCCAAGCAGUGAAGUCAGCACACCCAGCUCUCUGUACAUGGAGUAUGAGGGUGGUCAGUACCUGUGCUCUGGGGAGGGCAUGUUCCGAAGACCAUCAGAAGGACAGUCCCUCAUCAGCUAUCUGUCUGAGCAAGACUUUGGAAGCUGUGCAGACCUGGAAAAGGAGAAUGCGCACUUCAGCAUCUCAGAGUCCUUGAUUGCCGCCAUCGAGCUCAUGAAGUGUAACAUGAUGAGCCAGUGCCUAGAAGAGGAGGAGGAAGAGGAGGAGGACAGCGACAGAGAAAUCCAGGAACUGAAGCAGAAGAUCCGCCUUAGGCGCCAGCAGAUCCGCACCAAAAACCUGCUCCCCAUGUACCAGGAGACUGAGCAUGGAAGCUUUCGGGUCAUUUCUAGCAGCUCCCAGUUUAGUUCACGUGAUUCAACGCAGUUCUCUGACUCUGGCUCUGCGGACGAGGUUGAUGAAUUUGAAAUCCAAGAUGGUAGCGAAGGAUCUAACCUGACUCACAUGUCAAAGAACGGACUCUCAGUGUCAAUGGCCUCGAUGUUUUCAGAUGCUGACAUCAGAAGGAGCACAGCCUCAAACAGCAAAUCCUUCACUUCUUCUCAAUCCUUCUCUCACUGCUUUCUUCACUCCACGUCUGCGGAGGCAGUGGCCAUGGGACUCUUGAAGCAGUUCGAAGGCAUGCAGCUCCCAGCUGCCUCAGAGCUGGAAUGGCUAGUUCCAGAGCACGAUGCCCCUCAGAAGCUCCUGCCCAUCCCUGACUCUCUGCCCAUCUCACCAGAUGACGGGCAGCAUGCUGACAUCUACAAGCUGCGGAUUCGUGUUCGUGGCAACUUGGAGUGGGCCCCACCCCGGCCUCAGAUCAUUUUUAAUGUUCAUCCAGCCCCGACGAGGAAGAUCGCGGUGGCCAAGCAGAAUUACCGCUGCGCAGGGUGUGGCAUUCGGACCGACCCUGAUUAUAUCAAGCGGCUGCGGUACUGUGAGUACUUGGGCAAGUACUUCUGUCAGUGCUGCCAUGAAAAUGCCCAGAUGGUCAUCCCCAGCCGGGUUCUGCGCAAGUGGGACUUCAGCAAGUACUAUGUCAGCAACUUCUCCAAGGACCUUCUCAUUAAGAUCUGGAACGAUCCUCUUUUCAAUGUGCAGGACAUCAACAGUGCCCUCUAUAGGAAGGUCAAGCUGCUCAAUCAAGUCCGGCUGCUGCGGAUUCAGCUGUAUCAUAUGAAGAACAUGUUCAAGACAUGCCGACUGGCCAAAGAGCUUCUGGAUUCCUUUGACACAGUUCCAGGCCACCUGACUGAGGAUCUUCACCUGUACUCACUGAAUGACUUGACUGCAACCAGGAAGGGGGAAUUGGGGCCCCGGCUUGCUGAGCUCGCCAAGGCAGGGGCUGCCCACGUAGAGCGAUGCAUGCUCUGCCAAGCCAAGGGCUUCAUCUGUGAGUUCUGUCAGAAUGAGGAUGACAUCAUCUUUCCUUUUGAGCUCCAUAAGUGCCGGACCUGUGAAGAAUGUAAAGCAUGUUACCAUAAAGCUUGUUUCAAGUCUGGAAGCUGUCCCCGGUGUGAGCGGCUGCAGGCCCGGCGGGAACUGCUGGCCAAACAGAGCCUGGAGUCUUACAUGUCAGACUACGAGGAGGAACCCACGGAAGCCUUGGCCCUAGAGGCCACCGUCCUGGAGGCCACCUGAAGAAGGCGCAUUAAACCCUCUUUCCAGGGGCCAGGGUCACAUGUUAUGCAGAACUGAGCCACCCUUUCAAGGACUUUCCCGACUUGGGUUUUUUUUUUU